AUGCUACAAUUUGCGGACGACGUCGCAAUCUACGUACCUGGUAGCGAUAUUCAACACUCUCUCUCACUGUUGGAAACAACAUCUAAAAAACUCAGCGACCACUUGAAGUCAAAAGGCCUGAUUAUUGCACCAGAAAAAUGUCAAUUAAUAAUCUUUAACAAGACCUGCAGAAAAUUAAAGCUGCGAUCAUUGAACAUUGAUGGCAAAACAAUUUUCCCGUCGGACACUGUAACAUUUCUGGGCAUCACGCUCGACAAAAGGCUAACUUGGCAAUCACAUAUAAAUCAAAAGAUAUCCAAAGCACACAGCGCUGUUUGCAUCCUCAGCUGUCUGAGAAGAACCUGGUGGGGAGCAGAUCCGUCAACGAUGCUCAUUCUAUACAAAUCGCUCGUGAGAUCCAAACUCGAAUAUUGUGGCUUUCUUAUCCAACCAUGUACACCAAACAAUUUCGACAAACUGCAAAAACUACAAAACGUUUGUCUCAGAAUUGCGAUGGGAUAUCGCAACAGCACACCAUUGAAUGUGAUUUCUACAGAAACCAAAGUCCCUUCAUUUUUUUGUAGAUUUAAAAUUCUCAGUUUCAAGUUUAUUCUCAAGCAAAUGUCUACAUAUAAUAAUCACAUCAUUGAGCAAUUAGAGGCAUUGAAGGAAAUAUCGGAGACUCUACUAUAUGAAAGCAACCACUGUAAACCCAUGAUUUUAGAAAGUUACAAUGAAUGCUGGUUCUUUAAUCUUUCUAUUUAUAGAUCUGCCAUAAAUCACAACUAUUGCAAUCCCUUUUUCUUUGCAUUCACCGCUCCAUCAGUAGAUCUCUCCUCGGGAAAAAUCAUCAGAAAUUCAGAAAAUCCCAGUGAAUCUUUUAAAAGCUUGUACAUCUCGAAUGUGCACGAACAGGUCAUUGAUAUAUAUACAGACGGCUCUAGGCUUGACUCCAACGAAGAAAAUGAGAAUGGUUUUAAAAGUCGAUGCGGCUUUGCUGCAUGGUCUGACAGUGAUUCUUUCCAAGUAUCUUAUAGAAUUCACGAUCUUGCAUCUAUCUUUACAGCAGAAUCAUCAGCCAUAAAUACAGUCUUGGAUAAGAUACUCAACCAUGAUGGAACCCAAUAUAGAAUUUUCACAGACUCUGAAUCGGUACUGAAAGCUCUUUCUUCGGCUGCAAGCUUAAAAACAAAAUCCUUUUUGAUAUCAAACAUGAAAUCUAAAUUAUAUAAUAUCAACCAACAAAACAAGAAAGUGGAAUUUAUAUGGGUCCCGUCCCAUGUGGAUAUAAGUGGAAAUGAACUUGCGGACUCCGCAGCGAAGACUGUGACGGAAUCUGGCACGCCAGAACAAAUAGACAUUCCCAACACAGACAUUUUUUCCUACUUGAAACAGAAAAGCUUGCAAGAAGAUGCAUCAACUGACAUUGAUACCUCACAAAGUACUGGAAGCUACUUCUUUAAAAAUUAUUUCAAGCCUAAAUCUCAGCCAUGA